AGGAGCACGAGGCCGGUGGACACCGAGAGAUGAUGGAUGUGUUGGGACGGACAGUCAUGGCCAUGUUCAACAAAUACUGGAUCUACAUCUGUGGAGGAAUGUUCUUCUUCGUCAGCUUCGAGGGACGCAUCGUCAUGUACAAGAUCAUUUACAUGAUGAUGUUCCUGUUUUGCGUAGCACUUUAUCAGUUGCACUAUGAGAGGUGGCGAUGGAUGUUGAAGUAUUUCUGGAUGUCAGUGGUGGUCUACACCAUGCUGGUGCUCAUUCUGGUCUACACUUUCCAGUUCGAGUCCUCCAUAAACGUGUGGUCCAACAUGACUGGCAUGAGCAGAGAGAAGCUGAAAGAUCUCGGUCUGGAGAAGUUCUCGGUUCCGGCUCUGUUCUCACGCAUCUUCAUCCCCACGUCGUUCCUGCUGGUGUGUAUCCUACAUCUGCACUACUUCCACGAGCGGUUCCUGGAGCUCACCGACAUCAAGUCUGUGGCCGACAAACAGAAGAGCACGAUCUCCAGGCUGGUGCAUCUGGACGGCAGUCUGGUGGACAUCUCCAUGGUCAAGCCCACGCUCGGCUCCACCGUGAGCCCAGACAAGGUAGAGGAGACCGUAGACCUGGAGGAAGAGGAGGAGGAGUUUAAACAAAUGGACGAGGAGGAGGAGAAGUCUGAGCCACACGUCAUUCCUGAGAGCGACACCUGCCAGAUGAUGCCAGAUCCGGCGCCAGACCAGGGAUCAGCGCUGAGGAAUAAGUGGCACCUGGUGGUGGAGCGCCUGACGGUGUUGUUCCUGAAGUUCCUGGAGUACGUGCAGAAGCUUCAGCUCUUCAUCUGGUGGCUCCUGGAGCUCCACAUCAUCAAGAUCGUCUCCUCCUACAUCAUCUGGGUCUCAGUCAAAGAGGUGUCGCUGUUUAACUACGUGUUCCUGGUGAGCUGGGCCUUCGCGCUGCCGUUCUCCCAGUUCAGAUCGCUGGCGUCGAGUGUGUGUACCGUCUGGACCUGCGUCAUCAUCGUCUGCAAGAUGCUGUACCAGCUCACCUCCAUUAACCCUUCCACAUACUCAAAGAACUGCAGCAUGCCUGAUAACUACACCGAGGCGCAGAGGUCGGACAUGGCCAAGUCUCUUCUCUACAGCGGCCCGGUGGACCCGGCCAACUGGAUCGGGCUCAGAAAGUUCUCUCCACUACUGGAGAACCUGAGGAAUAAUUUAUUGAUGUUGGCCCUCUUGGCGUUCGAGGUGACGAUUUACCGUCACCAGGAUUUCUACCGUAUGAAAAGCAACCUCACCCCUCCAGUCACGAGAACCAUCUUCCACAACAUCACACGGCAACAUUUGGACGACGGCAUCGUCAACUGCGCCAAAUAUUUCAUCAACUACUUUUUCUACAAAUUUGGUCUUGAGACCUGUUUUCUGUUAGCGGUGAACGUGAUUGGCCAGCGGAUGGAUUUCUAUGCCAUGCUGCACGCGUUCGGUCUGAUAGCGGUGAUGUUUCAGCGUCGGAGGAGAGCCAUCGCUCACGUCUGGUCCAAGUAUUGCUGUUUCUUGGCCUUCAUGCUGUCCUUCCAGUACCUGAUGUGCAUCGGUAUCCCUCCUGCCGCCUGCACAGAUUACCCGUGGAGAAGCCCGUCGUCCAGCAUGGACUCCAACGUCAUCAAGUGGCUCUACUUCCCCGACUUCCACACCAAGCCCAACUCACUCUUCCUGCUGUACGACUUCUUGCUGCUGCUGUGCGCGUCGCUGCAGGGCCGUGUGUUCGAGGAGGAGUGUGUGACGCCCGUGCAGAUGCUGGCCGGCGACAAUGUGGAGAUCUGUCGAGACCUGGACGCCGCCAGCUUCAGCCAACACAACCCUGUGCCCGACUUCAUCCACUGCAGGUCGUAUUUGGAUAUGCUGAAGGUGAUCAUGUUCAGCUACCUCUUCUGGUUCGUCCUGACCAUCAUCUUCAUCACGGGCACCACACGCAUCAGCAUCUUCUGUAUGGGGUACCUGGUCGCAUGCUUCUACUUCCUGAUUUUUGGAGGCGAGCUGUUACUGAAGCCAAUCAAAAGCAUCCUUCAUUACUGGGACUUCCUCAUAGCGUACAACGUGUUUGUGAUCACCAUGAAAAACAUUCUCUCAGUAGCGGCGUGUGGAUAUAUAAAAGCGCUGGUGGCGAAUCACUGCUGGCUGAUCCAGCUGUUCAGUCUGGCUUGCACUAUAAAAGGAUAUUCAAAACCGGAGCAGAACGCACACAAACAGUGCGAGCUGCCGAGUGACGAGGCGGGGAUCAUCUGGGACAGCAUCUGCUUCGCUUUCCUCCUCCUGCAGAGACGGGUGUUCAUGAGCUACUACUUCCUGCACGUCGUGGCCGACAUCCGGUCCUCUCAGGUCCUCGCCUCCAGAGGAGCGGAGCUGUUCCAGGCCACCAUAGUGAAGGCGGUCAAAGCCAGAAUAGAAGAAGAGAAGUCGUCGAUGGAUCUACUGAAGAGACAGAUGGACCGCAUCAAAAGCCGACAGCAGAAGUUUAAGAGAGGGAAAGAGAGGAUGUUGUCUUUGGCUCAGGAAAGUGGGGAAAGUCACUCAGUAGUGAAGGAGGAAGAGGAUGAAGAUGAAGGAGAGGCCAGUAAAGAGAAGAAGAAAGGCCAAAGGAAGCAGUGGUGGAAGCCUUGGGUUGAUCAUGCCUCCAUGGUUCGAAGUGGCAAUUAUUACUUAUUUGAGACCGAUAGCGAGGAAGAGGAGGAAGAGGACGACAAAAAGGAUGAAGAUCCUCCCAAAAGAUCCGCGUUCCAGUUUGUGUAUCAUGCCUGGAUAACGGACUCGAAGACCGCCAUGAAAGAGCGGAGUAAGGAGAGGAGACGGUUCUGGCACAGAUACACACAGAGACUCUCCACCAAGCAGGAGCCGGAGGAAGUGCAUGUGGCCGUUGAGGAGAAUCAUGAGGAAGCUGUAGCAGAGGAGGAGGAGGAGGAGGAGGAGGUGUCGGAAGGUCCAGAUAACAUCAUGAAGCGAGUGUUUAACAUCCUGAAGUUCUCCUGGGUGCUUUUCCUGGCCCUGCUGGACAGCUUCACGGCCUGGCUGAACUCCAUCUGUCAGGAGCACAUCGACAUCUCCACCGUCCUGCGCAUCGAGCGCUGCAUGCUCACACACGAGGUCAAGAAGGGGAACACUCCCUCCCGGGACAGCGUACACAUGUACUACCAGAGACAGAUGUGCGGGCCGGCGUCGGCUCAGUCCAGCCUGGACCGGACCGAGGACGUGUGUUCAGACUUCAGUCCUGUGAGGAGCGAGCGUCCACCGCAGGGUUACGGGGAAAACCUGUGCAGUGUGUUCCCAGAAUCCACUGCGCUGUACGACCAGCCUGAGGAAACCAGCGUCCUCAAAACCAGCCAGCGGACUCGAGCCAGACUCUGCAGAGUUCCCAGCGUAGACCUGCAGUCGUCAUCUGCGGACAGUGCAGCGUCCAGUGAGCUCUCGCACCGCACAGAUCUGUACUCGCGCCAGGGCACCAGUGACACCGUCGAGGAGCCCGUGAGCGAACGAGACACACACACACACUGGGCCAGUUCUCCGGACUGGGACCGAGCCGAUAUCCCUCCCUCGUACAGUAAAGCCACGGGCCUGGAUGCGGACGCUGACGGCAGGAGGAUUCGCAUCCGGACACCUGAUGAGAGUCAGUCUCUGCUGUCCAUGAGCCAUCAGCUGACGGCCAAUGAGCUUCUGAGGAGCAGGAUGUUCCACGACGAGACACUGGAGGAGUCCGAGCACUUCUACCGGUCUCAGCCGCAGCUCCUCCAGCUCCUCUACGCGCUCUACAACACGCUGGUGGCUCGCUCUGAGAUGGUGUGUUACCUGGUCAUCAUCCUCAACCACAUGAUCUCUGCGUCGGUGGCCACGCUGGUGCUGCCCAUCCUCAUCUUCCUCUGGGCCAUGCUGUCGGUGCCCCGGCCCAGCAAGCGCUUCUGGAUGACGGCCAUCGUCUAUACGGAGGUCACCAUAGUGAUCAAAUACUUCUUCCAGUUUGGCUUCUUCCCGUUUAACCAAACCAUAGAGCGGGACAAGUCCAAACCGUUCCACCCGCCGAACAUCAUCGGUGUGGAGAAGAAAGAGGGAUACGUCCACUACGACCUGGUCCAGCUCCUCGCGCUCUUCUUCCACCGCUCCAUUCUCAAGUGCUAUGGCCUGUGGGAUGAAGAGCGGCCCCGGUCCUGCGCUCAGACGUCCCUCUCUCAUGAUUCAGACAGUGAAGAGAAAGUCCCGGUGUCCAGAACACACUCCCAGAGCAACUCCUCGGCCCGGCGUCACAGCUCCAGCGUCUCCCAGCGCUCGGCCCGCUCCAAAGCAG